GAGAUUUAUCAGCUCUGCAGUCAAGUGUCUGUUCGUAUACAUGUACACUCUACUGAAAGCUGCUCAACAGUUAACGAAAACGUGAGUGAUUUAUGAUGCCAUGGAUUCAUUAUGCACAACAGACACAGGCUACCAUCCCCAUGGUUUGAUUAAUCAAGGGGCAACCUGUUAUUUGAACAGUGUGCUGCAGGUGUUCUUCAUGACCAAGGACUUCAGAGAGGCUGUUGAAAGUCAAGUAUUUCCUAAUGAUCAAGAACAAGAGACCAUUGAUCACAAGCUUAAAAGGCUGUUUCAAAAAUUAAAAGAAAAAGAAGCUGACACAAAGGACAUUUCUUGGACAUUGGACAUUCAAACCGUAUAUGAGCAAUGUGACGCUGCUGAGUUUUUUGAGAAGAUUUUAAACACGGUCAAGAAUAAUGUGUCUAAGAUCUUCGAAGGACAAUUGUCGCACACUAUCUCCUGUGCAAAUAGUCAUAUUUCCAAUAUUGAACCUGGUCCAUUUUGGGUUCUGCCCCUCUCCAUGGACGUAACCUUAGGCCCUGGUCAAAGCUACAGUGUGAAUGACGGGUUUGAGGAGUUUUUUGAGAAAUCAACUAUCACUGGGGACAAGCUGUACUGUGCUAAAUGCAAUAAAGAAGUGGAAGCAACAACUGCAUGUAAGAUGGUACAUCACCCAGAGAUUCUGACUCUGCUACUCAAGAGGUUUGAGUUUGACUACCAUAGGAUGACAUAUGUCAAAAUCAACUGCUCUGUGGACGUUCCUCACAAAUUACAGACAGAGAAUGGGGCAUAUGAACUCUAUGCAAUUGUGGACCAUGAAGGAAAUCUAAGAAGUGGACAUUACACUGCUACAAUCAGGUCCUAUGAGGAUCAGAAGUGGUAUUUGUUUAAUGACAGCAACGUAAGCCUGAUCACAUUGGAACCAAACUUAAGAUCACAAAGUGCUUAUCUGCUUAUUUAUAGGACAUGUGGAUACAGACAAGAAGAGGAUAAGAGGUCAGUUGGAAACAGAGAGGAAGAUGGAAAGAGUGUAUGUGGAAAGAAAGAAAAAGAGGGGGAGAAGAAGUUGUCAGGUGGAAACAGAGGAGACGAGGAGGGGAGCUCAUGGUCAAAGAGAAGAGGAAAUGAAAAGGAUGCAGCUAAAAAGAGACCAAAACUUGAAUGGAUUGUAAAUUAUAUUUACUCAUACAUAACAACAUUUGGACCAUGGAGAAAAAGAGGAGAAUAUACAAUUGAUCCAGAUGAAAAUAAAGGAGAAGGGGGCAAAAGUACAGAUGGAGAGAAUGGAGAUGGAGGGAAGGAGAGGUCAGGUGGAAACAGAGAAAAAGAUGAUAAGAUGUCAGGUGGAAACAGUGAGGAAGAGAAUAAGAAGUCAGGAGGAAACAGAGAAAGAGAUGAUAAGAUGUCAGGUGGAAACGGUAGAGACGAUGAUAAGAGGUCCGGUGGAAACAGAGGAGGAGAAGGUGUUGAGAGGUCAGGUGGAAACAGAGUAAAAGAUGAUAAGAUGUCCGGUGAAAAAAGUAAGGAAGAGGAUCAGAGGUCAGGUGGAAACAGUAAGGAAGAGGAUCAGAGGUCCGGUGGAAACAGUAGAAAGGAUGAUAAGAGGUCCGGUGGAAACAGAGGAGGAGAAGGUGUUGAGAGGUCAGGUGGAAACAGAGAAAAAGAUGAUAAGAUGUCCGGUGAAAAAAGUAAGGAAGAGGAUCAGAGGUCAGGUGGAAACAGUAAAGAAGAUGAUAAGAGGUCAGGUGGAAACAGAGGAGAAGAUGAUAAGAGGUCAGGUGGAAACAGUGUGGAACAUGGUACAAGGUUGGGUGGAAACAAUAGUGAGGAUGAUGACAGGUCAGGUGGAAACAGUGAGGAAGAGGAUAAGAGGCCAGGUGUAAACAGUGAGAAAGAGGAUAAGAAGGCAGGUGGAAACAGAGGAGAAAAUGAUAAGAGGUUAGGUGGAAACAGUGUAGAAGUUGAUACAAUGUCAGGUGGAAACAGUAGUGAGGAUGAUGACAGGUCCGGUGGACACAGAAGAGGAGAAGGUGAUAAGAGGUCAGGUGGAAACAGUGGGGAAGAGGAUAAGUGGCCAGGUGGAAACAGUGAGAAAGAGGAUAAGAAGGCAGGUGGAAACAGAGGAGAAGAUGAUAAGAGGUUAGGUGGAAACAGUGUAGAAGUUGAUACAAUGUCAGGUGGAAACAGUAGUGAGGAUGAUGACAGGUCCGGUGGACACAGAAGAGGAGAAGGUGAUAAGAGGUCAGGUGGAAACAGUGGGGAAGAGGAUAAGAGGCCAGGAGGAAACAGAGAGGAAAAGGAUAAGAGGUCAGGUGGAAACAGUGGAGAAGAUGGUAAGAGGUCAGGUGGAAACAGUGAAGAAGGUGAUAAGAGGUCAGGUGGAAACAGAGGAGGAGAAGGUUAUAAGAGGUCAGGUAGAAACAGUGUAGAAGUUGAUACAAGGUCAGGUGGAAACAGGUAUGAUGACAGGUCCGGUGGACACAGAAGAGGAGAAGGUGAUAAGAGGUCAGGUGGAAACAGUGAGGAAGAGGAUAAGAGGCCAAGUGGAAACAGAGGAGAAGAUAAUAAGAGGCCAGGUGGAAACAGAGGAGAAGAUGAUACAAGGUCAGAUGGAAACAGUAGUGAGGAUGAUGACAGGUCCGGUGGAAACAGAAGAGGAGAAGGUGAUACGAGGUCAGGUGGAAACAGUGGGGAAGAGGAUAAGUGGCCAAGUGGAAACAGAGGAGAAAAUGAUACAAGGUCAGGUGGAAACAGUAGUGAGGAUGAUGACAGGUCCGGUGGAAACAUAAGAGGAGAAGGUAAGAGGUCAGGUGGAAACAGAGGAGGAGAAGGUUAUAAGAGGUCAGGUGGAAACAGUGUAGAAGUUGAUACAAGGUCAGGUGGAAACAGGUGUGAUGACAGGUCCGGUGGACACAGAAGAGGAGAAGGUGAUAAGAGGUCAGGUGGAAACAGUGAGGAAGAGGAUAAGAGGUCAAGUGGAAACAGAGGAGAAGAUAAUAAGAGGUCAGGUGGAAACAGUGAGGAUGAGGAUAAAGGUCAGGUGGAAACAGAGGAGAAGAUGAUACAAGGUCAGAUGGAAACAGUAGUGAGGAUGAUGACAGGUCCGGUGGAAACAGAAGAGGAGAAGGUAAGAGGUCAGGUGGAAACAGUGGGGAAGAGGAUAAGAGGCCAGGUGGAAACAGUUAGGAAGAGGAUAAGAGGUCAGGUGGAAACAGUGGAGAAGAUGAUGAGGUCAGGUGGAAACAGUGGAGAAGAUGAUAAGAGGUCAGGUGGAAACAGUGAGGAAGAGAAUAAGAGGUCCAUUGGAAACGGUAGAGAGGAUGAUAACAGGUCCGGUGGAAACAGAAGAGGAGAAGGUGAUAAGAGGUCAAGUGGAAACAGUGCAGAAGAGGAUAAGAGGUCAGGUGGAAACAGUGUAGAAGAUGAUACAAGGUCAGUUGGAAACAGUAGUGAGGAUGAUGACAGGUCUGGUGGAAACAGAAGAGAAGGUGAUAAGAGGUCUGGUGGAAACAGUGCGGAAGAGGAUAAGAGGCCAGGUGGAAACAGUGAGGAAGAGGAUAAGAGGUCAGGUGGAAACAGUAGAUAGGAUGAUAAUAGGUCUGGUGGAAACAGUAGGGAAGAGGAUAAGAGGUCGGGUGGAAAUAGUGAAGAAGAUGAUAUUAUGUCAGGUGGAAACAGUAGAGAAGAAGGUGAUAAGAGUUCUGGUGGAAACUGAUGGGGGAGAAGGGGUUUAGAGGUCAGGUGGAAACAGUAAGGAAGAGGAUAAGAGGUCAGGUGGAAACAGAGGAGAAGAUAAGAGGUCUUUUUUGAGGGCAAACCUGUGGCAAUCUUUCUGCAGUUUUGUGGAAAAUUUUAGGCAAACUAAAUAAUGUGACACAAAAUGUUGCCAGAAGUUUGCAAAUGUUUGCCACUAGUAGUGAAUCUGCGGCAAACCUUUGGCAACGGUAAUAUGUAUUGCCACUAGUGGCAAACAGUUCGCCAGAGGUUUUUUUCUUGCAAACAAUUCUCUUAAGAUUCUAUUUGAUUCUGUGGCAAACAUGUGGCAACAAUAUAUAGUGGCAAACAGUUUACCAGAAGCCAUUUCGGGUGAGCACACGAGUUCCAAGACCAGGAAUCGUUGAUGACUAAUCAUGGGGAUUACAAAAAUAGUUUGGAAAAUGGAAACCAAGUUAUCUAGCUCGCUACCUACCAAAGUCUGCUGCAACAAAUUCCUUUUUGUUACGUUAAUUAAACUUCCUCAUAAACUUUAAAAUUGUUAGCUGAUAAUUAUCACUGAGAAGCAUAUGAAAGUCAUACAGUCAAUGGUUCUGUAUUUCUACAUUGUUUAGAGGUCUACUCUAAACAUGAGACACAUUUCAGCCAGCUUCCUGUUACAGUAUUACUACAUCCCAUACAUCCAGUACAUGCCAUUUGAUGUACACCUUGAUCUGAAAUACCAGUUUUGACAUGACAAUGAACACAGCAGGGGAGUUGGCUAAACACACAAACAUAUCUGGUACCAGGCUAGUCUACCACUGAGUCAAAUUAGAAACACUCUUUCCACAACAGAAGGAAGAAGAGGUCGCCAGAUUAUAUAUAAUGCUGCUCCAUAGUAAAUGACUUGCUAGGUGUCAGUAAUUGCCUCUUACAUCAGAACACCUGACAAAGCCUGGCCUUUGACCCUACCCCUCCCUCUCCAGUACCAGGGGUCAGUACAGACCCCACUGUGGCUGCAGUCCUGGGGGUCAGUUCUGCUGUCUGUCUCCUGGCUGCCCUGAUGGUGGACUACAGGAGGUACCACUCCUGCAGUUGCACUCGACUCAAUGUGAUGUGAAUGACUGCUGAUGGAAAUUCAGAAUCCAUUAGGGAUUUUUUUGUUUGUUUAUUGUCUGAACUUAAAAUUCAUUUCAUGCAUGUUCAGAAAUUGUUGAGACUGUCAACAAGAUAUGUAUUGUUCGUGCAUACAUUUUUGAUAAAAGCACCAAAUUUG